GUUUUGUCAUACGCGUUUCGUCUCCAUGACGAAAAGUAAUAACAUUUGUUACUUUACUGAAGAGUUUACUCGUGAAUGCUAUAAACGAUGCCAGAAACUGCAAUCAUAACGAAAAGUAUAUCUUCCCUGAAUGCUCCGAAGGGCAGCAGGGAAGAAUCAAAUCAUUUUCUCGCCGAGAAGAGAUUGGCGCGAUGCAUCCAACGUAAAUUUCAAAAGUGUUCCCAACUCCCUAUACGAUGUCAGAAACCCGGUUCUUACUAUCGCCCACCGAAGACCUCCUUCAGAUUGACUGGCUUAACAACGAUAAGUCGUACAUCUCCGAUUAACACGGCCAAAAGUUGUCCAGAUAAUUCAACAUGUAACUCAAUCUUCUGCGUGAUUGGUACGCCAUGCUGCAGAAAAAGCUUGUCCAUGAGUGAUCUUUCACCGUCGAUAAUGGAGGCUGAGACCGGUGACCUCAGAUCAAAUAGUAGUUCGACCACGGAGAGAAUCGACGAAGGUGAUAAAGUUAAAGACAUUGCUGGUAACGACAUCGGGAUUACUGUCGGUAUUAAAAAUUGGAUGGAUGGUUUCGUGUCCGAGGAAGGGGGCUCACGAUUCUUUCAGAAUCCAGAAAAGGCUGCGAAUUUGGUGUGCCACGUGCUUAUGCUGAACGCCUGGAGGCGUAGACGCAAGGAAAUCUUGGAUUUUCGUCGAACGAUCGACAAUUUGAAUCAGCAAGUGAAAAAUCUUCAUCUGCAGAUCAUCGUAUUGCGUCGGUUGCUCGAUACAGAGAAUGGCCGCGUCUGUAAGCUAACUAACGAGGUUCGUCACGUUAGAAUUCAGUUCGAUGAAACGUUGAAAGAAAAGGAUGCACUGAAAACGGAGACUGAGAAAAUGGAGGGAGAGAUCAGGCGUCUGAGCGAGUUAUCCGAGGAGAGGUUGGUCACGGCGGAGAACGUGCGAAAUGAAUUGCUUACCGUGCAAACUCAACUGCAGUCACUCGACGAACAGCUUUCGAAGGAUAGAGAAAAAUUGUUGAAAUUACGCGAAGAUAAAAAGAUACUUCUAGAAAAGGUAACAGCCAGCGAAACUCUAGCUAUUGAACGAGGAGCGAGAGCGGACAAAGCAGAAUCAGUUGGUGAGGAAUUGCAGAUGAAAUUAGCUACGCAGAUUGGACUGGUUGAAUCUUUAAAGCAACAAAUACAGCAAUACGCAAAGGAAUUGAAAAGCAAAGAGGAAGAGAAAUCGAAAUUAGAGAAACGCUUAAAAUCAUCAGAAGAAACAGGAAGAUCUCUACAUUUGCGCACAGUUUUCUUGGAAGCUCAACUAGCCGACCGAGAAACAACCUUGCGUCGCGUAGAGUCAUCGUGCAUUUCCCAAUUAGCGGAAUUGAACGAAUUGAGAGAACGUCUAAUACGGCAGUCUCAAGAGGGGGGUUGGAGUAGCAGAAUGCUUCAGCUUGCUGGUAGCGUUGUACGUGCACCCAGAGCCAUUUUACGUACCCUGUUAUCAUCUACAGGUCCAGUGUUGACUUCUUAA